UUUAUGAAAUGUGUAAUAUGAAAUAACAUUAACAUUACAGAUUAUAUUUUUUAUAAAAUUCAAUUAUUUUAUAAAAAUGGAAGAAUUUUUACGAAACAUAGGUGUAGGAUUAAGACCUAUUAACGAUCCAUUUUUUGAGGAUUCAUAUAAUGCUUGUAAAAUAUUUCAACGAAAAGGUGUUACUGUUGAAGAUGAUGAGGAAUUGUGUCAUGAAGUAAUAAGAGAAUUUCCUUGUUACGUUACUGGUUGUAAAGCUAUAUUUCAUACAUUGAUUGAUUUUGAAAUGCACUAUAAUAGCAAUCAUCGAUACGUUUGUGUAGAAUGUAAAAAAUCUUUACCAAAUCCUAGAUUAUUAGAUAUUCAUAUUCAAGAAACACAUGAUAGUUUCUUUCAAGUUUUAUCCAUGAAGAAAUCAAUGUAUCAAUGUUAUGUUUCGGAGUGUGAUUUGAAAUUUAAUAAUGCACUUGAAAGAAAGGAUCAUUGUAUCAAUAUACAUAAAUUUCCUAAGAAUUUUAGAUUUGAUAAUACUUCACAUUGUAUAAAAGAUAAAUCAAAAGAUAAAAUGGAUAUUGAUGAACCCGAAUAUGAAAAAAAAGAACGAAAAUCCAAAAAAAUACAAUUAAAUAAAAAUCAAAAGACUAAAAUGUUUGCAGCUGCAGCAAAAAAUAUAUCAUCAACAAAUUCUAAUACUAGUUCAUUAAAUUCUUCAAAUAUUAUUACAGGGGCAAACUCAUUACAUUUUAUUCCUAGACAAGUUCAAAAAUCAUAUACAAAAGCACUUACUAAAAAUCAAACUAAUGAGAAAAAUGUAUUAGAAACAGCUAACAUGUUAGAUUUGGCUAAUUCAUUACCAGCUUCAUGAGUAUAUUAGUGUAUAUAUAUAUAUAUAUAUACAUAAAUAUUUUAUAAUAAUUAAUAUUUUUUUAAUAUUUUUUUAUUAUAAAUUUUUAAUAUCACAACAAUCUUUGUAUGUACAAUCAAACUUACAAAUAAUUUCUAUUUUAUCAUUUAUUUACAUAUUUAUGACUAUAUUACAAUAUAGGAUUAUGUACAUUAAUUUUAAAUUUAGU